AUGGCAGUUGAUCCAAACUUUAAGCGACCAAUGGCAUUUAAUCUACCUUUUCGAGAUCCAGAUAAACUUGAAGAGCACUUUGUUAAAUUUAUCGAUUUCUGUGCUAAGCAAUACCAAAUGGACUCUGAAUUUUAUGCAUCAUAUACGACUUUGGUUCAGGGGAGCAGUACUGGAAAGACAAAGCUUUUACAUAAGAUAGCUGAAAAUGUGAAAGCUGUUUACUGCUGUUUUCGUGAGGAGAGCUCUAGCGGCUAUCCUGCAAAAUCUUACAUUGCAAACAAACUGCUUGAUAAAUCAAAAGAUGCAAAUAGCAUUAUCAUUUGUGGUAUAUACUUGGCAUAUCUUGUGGCAUGUGUUGAACGUUUGCAGCAAUUUGAAGAAAUAUUUGCCAUAUUUACCGACACAAUUUCUCGAAUUUCAAAUUUUGCAUCAAAGUCAGAGUUCGACCCAUCUCUGAGGAUUUCUAAAGCUGGAGAAAAGCUUUUCCCUCUAUUCUAUAUUUUAGACACCAUUGACAUCUAUGCAAAGGAUCCUCAAACAUCUAGAGAAGCUAAAGAUCCAGCAUGCCUGUUUUAA